UCUGCUGGCCGCACUCGCACGCGGGACCCGCGCCUUCCUGAUGGCGUGAUUAAUUGUGAUAUAAAAUAGUCCGCUUAAGAAGUGUGUGCGUCUGGUGGAGCGGGGUGGCAAGAGAGAGUACAGAGGCAAGGCCAGAUUUGAUCUUUUAAUCUUCGUUGGCCACAAUUAAACCAAACCCGAUCGUGGAGCGGCGCGAUCCCUUUGCAUAAAAGCAUAUGGCUUUUGCUAUAAAAAUUAUGACUCCAAAACACCGGGCCAUUAAUAGCGUGCGGAGUGAUUUACGCGUUAUUGUUCUGCCGGGCUGACACGUGACGCGCGUGGCCAAUGGGGGCGCGGGCGCCGGCAACUUAUUAGGUGACUGUACCCCCCCCCCCCCGCCCCGGUGCCACCAAGUUGUUACAUGAAAUCUGCAGUUUCAUAAUUUCCGCGGGUCGGGCCGGGCCGGCCAGGCGCGGGGUACAGCAAUGGCCACCACCGGGGCCCUGGGCAACUACUAUGUGGACUCGUUCCUGCUGGGCGCCGACGCCGCCGAGGAGCUGAGCGCGGGACGCUACGCGCCUGGGGGACUGGGUCAGCCCCCACGGCAGACGGCAGCACUGACUGAGCACCCCGACUUCAGCCCUUGCAGUUUCCAGUCCAAGGCGGCGGUGUUCGGCGCCUCAUGGAACCCGGUGCACGCGGCGGGCGCCAAUGCUGUGCCCACCGCAGUGUACCACCACCACCACCACCCCUACGUGCACCCCCAGGCGCCCGUGGCCGCGGCGGCGCCAGACGGCAGGUACAUGCGCUCCUGGCUGGAGCCCACGCCCGGUGCUCUCUCCUUCGCGGGCUUGCCCUCCAGUCGGCCUUAUGGCAUUAAACCUGAACCGCUGUCGGCCAGAAGGGGUGACUGUCCCACGCUUGACACUCACACUUUGUCCCUGACUGACUAUGCUUGUGGUUCUCCUCCAGUUGAUAGAGAAAAACAACCCAGCGAAGGCGCCUUCUCCGAAAACAAUGCCGAGAAUGAGAGCGGUGGAGACAAGCCCCCCAUCGAUCCCAAUAACCCGGCUGCCAACUGGCUUCACGCGCGCUCCACGCGGAAGAAGCGCUGUCCCUAUACCAAACACCAAACGCUGGAACUGGAGAAAGAAUUUCUGUUCAACAUGUACCUCACCCGGGACCGCAGGUACGAGGUGGCCCGACUGCUAAACCUCACCGAGAGGCAGGUCAAGAUCUGGUUCCAGAACCGCAGGAUGAAAAUGAAGAAAAUCAACAAGGACAGAGCAAAAGAUGAGUGAUGCCAUUUGGCUUCACUUAGAAAAGAGAGCAAGCUAGAAAGAAAAAGGACUGCCUGUCCUCUUCUCCCUUCUCUCCCCCACCCCAGCCUCCACCACCUUCACAAAGCGGCUCUAAGCCCCAGGCCUCAUCUCCCCCUGGCAAAUCCUGCUUAGGCUGGCUCAUAGGCCUGCAGGUUUAAUGGAGGUAUUGUAAGCUUUCCAUUUUCUAUCACACACACACACACACACACACACACACAAACACACACCCCAGAGGGCAUUUGCGCUGAUGGCUGUACUGCUAGCUUGUAUAUGUAUUUUUAAAAAUCUACCUGCUUCUGACAAAGCAAAAGAAAAAAACUACCUUUUUAUAAUGCACAACUGUUGAUGGUGGGCUGUAUAGUUUUCAGUCUCUGUAGUUAAUUUAAUUUGCUCUUUGUGUAGCAGAUCGCUCUGCCUGAGAUACUUGAACACUGUGUUUUAUUGUGGUAAUUAUGUUUUGUGACUCAAACUUCUGUGCUGGGUGACGCACCGUUGUGAUUGUGGAAGCUAGAAUUCAAUUUGAACUCAGGUUGUUUAUGAGGGGAAGAAAAAACAAUUGCAUAGAGUAUAGCUCUGUAGUGGAAUACGUCUUCUGUAUAAACUAGACUGUUAACCUAUAAACUAUAAACCUAUAAACUAGUUAACCUAAACUAGCUGUAAGGAAUUCCCAAUGAGAUAAAAUUUAAAAAUAAAAGAGGGGUGGUGGUUCUCCAGGAUACAUAGAUUUAUUUCUUCACUUUUGAAAUACGGGGAUCUUAGACUUUACAUAUUCCAUAGUCCUGUCUUGUCCAUUGUAUAUAGAAUCUAUAUAUUAAAGAAAAAUUCAUAAUCAGGCAAGCUUGAAUAUUGUGUUUGCACCAGAGGAACAGUGAGGAAAUUCGGAGCUAUACAUAUGUGCAGAAGGUUACUACCUAUGUUUUACCCUUAAUUUUAAUCGGGGGUCGGGGGGGGAAUGAAUGCUUAUUGUAAUGGAGUUAAUUUUAUUGAUAAUAAAUUAUACACCAUGAAACCGCCAUUGGGCUACUGUAGAUUUGUAUCCUUGAUGAAUCUGGAGUUUCCAUCGUGCUGAACAUACACUGUAUAUUUUGCAAUAGUUACCUCAAGGCCUACUGACCAAAUUGUUGUGUUGAGAUAUUUAACUUUUGCCAAAUAAAAUAUAUUGAUUCUUU